AUGCUCUGUCAAAUAAAUGAGCUAUCUUUGCUAAUUUCAAUUUCACCAAAAUUAGAAUAUUUAAAUGUAUCCACACGAGCGUAUACGGUAGAAUCAAUACCAUUUGUUUCAUCACUAACAUUAAAAUAUGUUAGAUUAGCUGCCAUCUAUGGUCUUACUUAUGAUACAUUGACGUUAAUGCUAGAAAAAAUGCCAGAUUUAUUAAAGCUUGAAUUAGUCAGUGGAUGUGACGAUCAACGCAUGGUAGAUCGUGAAAAAGUGAAACAGUUAUGUCGCUCAUUAUGCCCUAAAUUAGUUAGCAUCAAGCUAAAACUUGAAAUAAUCGUGCAUUACGAAGAAGGUUCAUUUCUUGCACAACUUCAAUGA